AAGACGGUUUAGAGCCGUUGGGCCCCGCGGUUUGGACGCUGAGUGUGGCCGGUGGCCGGUGCGAGGCGGUGGCGCAGCGGGCCGCCCCUGGCCCCGCCGCGGUUCUGGCCGGGACGCGCCGCCAUGGCGACGCCGGCGGGGCUGGAGCGCUGGGUGCAGGAGGAGCUGCACUCGGUGCUGGGGCUGAGCGAGCGGCACGUCGCGCAGUUUCUCAUCGGCACGGCGCAGCGCUGCGCCUCCGCCGAGGAGUUCGUGCAGCGCCUGCGCGACACCGACACCCUGGACCUCGGCGGCCCGGCGCGGGACUUCGCACUGAGGCUCUGGAGCAAGGUGCCCCGGAAGGCCGUGGUGGAAAAGCCAGCUCGGUCAGCCGAGCGGGAGGCCCGAGCCCUGCUAGAGAAGAACCGCUCCUACAAGUUGCUGGAAGACAGCGAGAGUGGUGAGGAGGCAGCGGACAAGGACAGGAGCAGCCUCCAGAAGAAGCGGAAAAGACGGAAACACCUCCGGAAGAAACACCAGGAGGAGGAGGAGGAGGAGGCUUCUGAGGCAAGAAAGAGAAGGGCAGGGGGGGGUAAGUCACCCACGGAGGAGAAGCCGGCCUCGGAGGAUGAGUGGGAGAGGACGGAGCGUGAGCGUCUGCAGGACUUGGAGGAGCGUGAUGCCUUUGCAGAGCGGGUGCGGCGGCGGGACAAGGACCGGACCCGGAAUGUGCUGGAGCGCUCAGAUAAGAAGGCUUAUGAGGAGGCUCAGAAGCGCCUCAAGAUGGCUGAGGAAGACCGGAAAGCCAUGGUGCCUGAGCUCCGGAAGAAGUCCCGGCGCGAGUACCUGGCGAAGCGGGAGCGGGAGAAGCUGGAGGACCUGGAGGCGGAGCUGGCUGACGAGGAGGUGCUGUUUGGGGACGUGGAGCUGAGCCGCCACGAGCGCAGGGAGCUCAGGUACAAGCGGAGGGUGCGCGACCUGGCUCGGGAGUACCGGGCGGCCGGCGAGCAGGAGAAGCUGGAGGCCACCAACCGCUACCACAUGCCCAAGGAGACUCGCGGACAGCCAGCCAGGGCUGUGGACGUGGUGGAGGAGGAGUCGGGAGCCCCAGGCGAGGAGCAGCGGCGCUGGGAGGAGGCCCGGCUAGGUGCUGCGUCGCUCAGGUUUGGGGCCCGAGACGCCGCCUCGCAGGAGCCCAAGUACCAGCUGGUGCUGGAGGAGGACGAGACCAUCGAGUUUGUCCGUGCCACCCAGCUCCAUGGUGACGAGGAGCCGUCCUCAGCGCCACCCCGGUCAGCUCGGGCCCAGCAGGAGUCCAUCCAGGCCGUCCGCCGCAGCCUUCCGGUGUUCCCCUUCCGGGAGGAGCUCCUGACCGCCAUCGCCAAUCACCAGGUCCUCAUCAUUGAGGGUGAGACAGGCUCCGGGAAGACCACCCAGAUCCCACAGUACCUCUUUGAGGAGGGGUACACACGGAAGGGGAUGAAGAUUGCGUGCACCCAGCCCCGGAGAGUGGCAGCCAUGAGCGUGGCUGCCCGAGUGGCCCGGGAGAUGGGAGUGAAACUUGGGAACGAGGUUGGCUACAGCAUCCGUUUUGAGGACUGCACGUCAGAGCGGACUGUCCUCCGCUACAUGACAGAUGGAAUGCUACUCCGGGAGUUCCUCUCUGAGCCUGACCUCGCAAGUUACAGUGUGGUGAUGGUAGAUGAGGCGCAUGAGCGGACCCUGCACACAGACAUCCUCUUUGGGUUAAUCAAGGAUGUGGCCAGGUUCCGACCUGAGCUCAAGGUCCUGGUAGCGUCAGCCACUCUGGACACUGCCCGGUUUUCCACCUUCUUUGAUGAUGCCCCUGUCUUCCGGAUCCCUGGACGAAGAUUCCCAGUUGACAUCUUCUAUACCAAGGCCCCAGAGGCUGACUACCUGGAAGCCUGUGUGGUGUCCGUGCUGCAGAUCCAUGUGACCCAGCCCCCUGGGGACAUCCUGGUGUUCCUGACAGGACAGGAGGAGAUCGAGGCUGCCUGUGAGAUGCUCCAGGACCGCUGCCGCCGACUGGGUUCCAAAAUCCGGGAGCUUCUGGUGCUGCCCAUUUAUGCCAACCUGCCCUCAGACAUGCAGGCUCGCAUCUUCCAGCCCACGCCUCCUGGGGCCCGGAAGGUGGUUGUGGCGACAAACAUUGCGGAGACGUCGCUCACCAUCGAGGGCAUCAUUUACGUGCUGGACCCAGGGUUCUGCAAGCAGAAGAGCUACAACCCUCGCACAGGCAUGGAGUCGCUCACAGUUAUACCCUGCAGCAAGGCCUCAGCCAAUCAGCGGGCUGGCCGCGCAGGGCGGGUGGCUGCGGGGAAGUGCUUCCGCCUGUAUACCGCCUGGGCCUAUCAGCAUGAGCUGGAGGAGACCACGGUCCCCGAGAUCCAGAGGACCAGCCUGGGCAACGUCGUGCUGCUGCUGAAGAGCCUAGGGAUCCAUGACCUGAUGCACUUUGACUUCCUGGACCCUCCACCGUACGAGACGCUGCUGCUGGCUUUGGAACAGCUAUAUGCACUUGGGGCCCUCAACCACCUUGGAGAACUCACCACGUCUGGUCGGAAGAUGGCAGAGCUGCCUGUGGACCCCAUGCUGUCUAAAAUGAUCUUGGCCUCUGAGAAGUACGGCUGUUCGGAAGAGAUCCUCACAGUGGCCGCUAUGCUGUCUGUCAACAACUCCAUCUUCUACCGGCCCAAGGACAAGGUCGUGCACGCCGACAAUGCCCGUGUCAGUUUCUUCCUCCCUGGCGGGGACCACCUGGUUCUGCUCAACGUGUACACACAGUGGGCCGAAAGCGGAUACUCUUCCCAGUGGUGCUAUGAGAACUUCGUGCAGUUCAGAUCCAUGCGCCGAGCCCGGGAUGUGCGGGAGCAGCUGGAGGGGCUUCUGGAGCGCGUGGAGGUCAGCUCGACUUCCUGCCAGGGAGACUACAUCCGUGUGCGCAAGGCCAUCACUUCGGGUUAUUUUUACCACACAGCCAGGCUCACCCGGAGCGGCUACCGCACAGUGAAGCAGCAGCAGACAGUGUUUAUCCACCCCAACUCCUCUCUGUUUGAACAACAGCCACGCUGGCUGCUCUACCACGAGCUUGUCUUGACCACAAAGGAGUUCGUGAGACAGGUAUUGGAGAUUGAAAGCAGCUGGCUUUUGGAAGUGGCUCCUCACUACUAUAAGGCCAAGGAGUUGGAAGAUCCCCAUGCUAAGAAAAUGCCCAAAAAAGUGGGCAAGACACGAGAAGAGCUGGGCUAGACAAUGACAAAUGGACUGAACAACAAACACAGUUUUCUCUUCCUUACAUUCUUUAUUUGAUAUCUAGUAAAUAAAAUUAUUUUUGGAA